CAAACCUCAUCAGGCUCGCUCAGUGACAUCGACUGCUUCGGUGCUCUUCUCGCGAUGCCUGUUCCUUUGUCUCGAUUGGUUUCGCCUUUCCUUAAGUUAGAGCAAAAAACAUGGCGGCGCCCUCGAGUGAAAUGCUGGUUGCUCCUGUUAAAAAGAUGACAGCCAGAGCCCCUCGACGGGUAGCAAAUCAAAUCCCAGAUGACAUCCUCCAAGAUCCUGAGCUACAAGAUGCAAUGAAAGCCUUGCCUUCAAAUUAUAACUUUGAGAUCCACAAGACUGUUUGGCGAGUGAGACAAGCAAAAGCUAAAAGAGUUGCUUUGCAGCUUCCAGAAGGUCUGCAGAUGUUUGCCUGCACCAUUGCUGACAUCAUUGAAAGGUUCACAGAGGCGGAUACCAUAGUGAUGGGGGAUGUGACAUACGGCGCGUGCUGCGUCGACGACUUCACCGCCCGAGCCCUGGGAGCUGAUUUCAUGGUUCACUAUGGACACAGCUGUCUCAUCCCCAUAGAUUCCACCGCAGGCAUUAAGAUGCUGUAUGUGUUUGUGGAUAUCCAGAUGGACAACGCGCACUUCCUGGACACAGUCAAGUUCAACUUUUCUCCUGGACAAUCUUUGGCCCUCGUCAGCACUAUUCAGUUUGUGGCAGCACUGCAGGCUGUGAGUUCAGCCCUAAAACCUCAGUAUGAUGUGCUAGUUCCUCAGUGUCGCCCCCUGUCGCCAGGUGAAAUUUUGGGUUGCACCUCCCCCCGCUUGGAUCGCCAUGUCGAUGCCUUAAUUUAUCUUGGAGAUGGAAGGUUUCACUUGGAGUCCAUCAUGAUUGCAAACCCUGAUAUUCCUGCCUAUAGAUAUGACCCCUACAGCAAGGUGUUCUCCAGGGAGUACUACGACCACGAGGCCAUGCGUGCAUUGAGGCUGCAGGCUAUCGCAGAGGCUCGACUGGCUCGUAGAUGGGGCCUGAUCUUGGGCACACUUGGCCGACAGGGCAGUCCCAAAGUGCUCGAGCACCUGGAAUCCAGGCUCCAGUCUCUGGGGAAGUCCUUCACUCGCGUUCUACUCUCUGAGAUUUUCCCAAGCAAACUGGAUCUGAUGGCAGAUGUAGAUGCAUGGGUCCAAAUCGCUUGUCCACGCCUCUCAAUCGACUGGGGCACAGCCUUCUCCAAACCCCUACUAUCCCCAUAUGAGGCAGCUGUUGCCCUACAAGAGGUAGACUGGAAAGAAGUUUACCCCAUGGACUUUUAUUCCAAUCAGAGCUCGGGGCCGUGGGCGCCCAACCACCCUGACAACCAGCCUGUGCGGCCCGCUCGCAGACAGACUCAGAAAGGAAGUACGGAGCCAACUCCCCCCACCAAACAGUGUCCCAGCGCCCCCUGUGGCUGCCAGCAGACUGACACGUCAUGACGAGAGCCGUCUGAAGCUCGUCGGCCGCCUGUCUGAUGGUGAGGUCAAGUCAGAGGAGGAGAAUUUGUCCAGAGCGUCUGAAGCGAGUGCAGUUCUUGGCCUCAUCAAAAGGAUUACCAACUGUAUCUAAUCCUCCGGCUUACAGCACAGCAGAUCAUCCCAAACUCAUUUUAGAUUUAGUUUGCCCUGUUUUCUGCUCAAAAUACAGAGGGAACUGCUCAUGUGUGCGAGCAUCCGGCUCUUUUCAGUCAAAUUCCACUAAAGGUGGUAGUAAGCAGAUAAUUAUUUCUGCUCCUGCACAAAGUUUAAAUACACUGACUAAAGUGACCGUAAGCAUGUUUAAUAAAGUUUUUCUUGAAAACAAUUAUUUUUACACCUUCUCCCACUAGCUUACAGCCAGUCAAAACCUCAAUCUAACAUUAUGGUUGCAACAAAAAUGGCGAGCGAUAUUGGAGCUACGUAGAUGGAUCUAGUCAUCUACAAGUCGAUGCAUCAGAAUGGAGUGCAGCUGGGAGCUUAUUGCCUGCUCUAUGUAACAGCUACAAGUUUUUCCGGCUGCAUGUUUUUGUCUGUUCCUGAUUCACAAUGAUUUGAAUAAAGAAAUACUAAAAAAUCCUAUUUUUCAAUUGUACAUCCUCCAUCAUCAUAAAAAAAAUGCCACAGGAAAUUGUUAUAAACACAGAAAACAAAGUUUUCAUUGGAUGAAAAUCCUGUUUUUUGUGUUUUUGACAUGCAUGUGUGGCAUUAGUCUUAUAAAAAGAGAACAAAUGUCAUAAGAAAUGAUUUCAUAUUUGCAUUUGAGUUUUUCUGCUUUCAAAUCGCUGUCAAUCAAACUGUCAGAAAGACGCUCUGUUUGAAUUAAUGAGUCGUUGUGAUGUCACACCGGCCCAAAAGUGCAUGCACAAGCUCCCUGAUCUGAAAGAACUGCAUUUUUGUUAACUUUUUUGAGUUUACAUAUAUAUAUUGUAACCAGCGGCUGGGUGGCUCAGUGGGCUUGGUGAAGGGCUGGCAUGCAGGAGCCCCUGGUUCGAUUCCAGGGUUGUCCACUGAUCCCCACCCAGAUUGGGUCCUUAGGCAAGACCCUUGACGCUGCUGCCUAACUGGGUCCCUGUGCCCCUCAAGUACAGGGUUGUGUCAGGAAGGGCAUCCGGCGUAAAAACUCUGCCAAAUCACUGAUGCGAAACAGUGGGUGCUGUUACACUGUGGCGACCCCGAAAGGGAUAAGCCGAAAGUGAACUACUGCCACAACUGAAUGUGAGCAUUUGUAAAUUGAAAGAAUGUUCAAUAAAGUUUAUGAAAAAAAAAAACGCUCCCUGAUCUGCCACGCCCAGCGUACACAAGCUCAGGUGAGGGAGAAGAGAAGAUGGCAUCUUACCACUUCUGACAUACAUAUAUGAAUGUUUAUGACUGACGUUUAUGAACCCAUUCUUACCACAAUUAUCAUAAAAAAUAUAUUUUUCUCCAGCUAACGGGAAAGUGACUCGGUAAAAUGGGUAAUUAUAUCCAUGUCUUGGUUAAACUUGAUUUGUUUUAUUUCUUUUUUUUUUUGUAGUAGUAGUGGUGAAGAUUUACGCUAGCAAGACAUCAGAAGGGCGGGGCUACUCAACGGCCACGCCCACCCAGAGGAGAUUUUGGAAACAGAGGCUUUAGAUAAACAUGAAAUGUGACUUUUUAAGACAUUUAGGUUGUGAGGUUUUGGUUAAAAACUUCAUAAUUAAAACACCACUGGGAACAUUUUAGAAAAAAGAGGGUCUUUACAGUCGAUGUCUUUUAUAUGUUGCAUGCUUUUAGAAGCUCUGUCAAAUGUUUAGUAUCUUCACACGUUUGUAAGACGAUCGUGCCAUUUCUGUUGUACAGUGUAAAUAAAGCUGGGCCAAUUCUUUCAUUUA